AUGAUCGUCGGGUGUCCAAAGGAAAUUAAACCACAGGAGGGGAGGGUUGGGUUACUGCCUGCUGACGUUGCAGAACUUGUUCGAUUUAAGCACACGGUCUUGAUUCAAAAAAAUGCAGGCCUUGCGGCAGGUGCAACAGACGAACAAUAUAGAGCAGUAGGAGCUCAGAUUAUUGAGCAUGCUGAGGAAAUAUUCGCAAGAUCCGAUUUAAUUGUCAAGGUGAAGGAGCCCCUUCCUAGCGAGUUCGUGCAUAUUCGGUCUGGCCAGGUGGUGUUUACUUACUUUCAUUUUGCCUCGAGUCGUCAGUUGACGGAGGCUAUGCUGCAAUGCGAGGCAGUAUGCAUAGCAUACGAGGGAGUGGAGGAUUCUGCAGGCCGUUUGCCGCUGUUAGAGCCUAUGUCUGAAGUAGCAGGGCACAUGGCCGUACAAGAAGGCAUGCAUUUCCUCUCAGCUCAUAGUGGGG